UUUUCCCUUUUAAUUCUGUUGCCGAGGGUUGCUUUUCAUGUCAGCGGGUUCAAGCGACACCAAUAACGCGAUAUUUAUCCCCUGAAAUGUUAAUUUAACCUGUUUAAAAAACGUGUAUUUUACUCCCUGGAACGCGAUUUUUAACGGGGGGAACCGCAAAACGGGCUAGUUUUGAGCAGCAAUUGGGCGGGUUUGUUGUGAAAACCUGGCAACCCUUGUUCUCAAAGCCCUGCUUCUUACCAGAUCCACGUGUACGCAGAGAUCUAAAACUAUGUGGUGACACAAUGUCCGCUUCACCUUGGAGAUACUCCACCAGCAAUGGUGUGGACCAAAAUAUCUUGUCAGCCACCAACGAAGAAACAAACACCACUUCUCAUCAAGCUAAAAGACGAAGGAAAAAGAAUAAACUGAAAAAAUCCACAAUUGAAUUCCACGAAGUGUCAUGUGAACAAAAAAGGGGAAAGAAAAGAAAGUCAGUUGAGCUUCUAGUAAACAAGACUGAGUGUGUUAAACAUAGAGAUGUUUUGGAUUCUGUGUCUGAACAGUCAAAUCAUGUGCAAUUUAAAAGGCCCAGAAUAACCUCUCAUACACUGACUGGUGAAGCUGAGUCUGCAGUAUCACUCAGUGACAGCUGGGAGGUGGAUAGUGGCUUUUCGUCUGAAUCCAGCCCUCCCACUAGUGGCAGGAGUUCACCAUGCGUGGGAAUCGACCACUCUAGGCUUGUAGCUAUGGACUGUGAAAUGGUCGGGACAGGACCUGGUGGGAAGUGUAAUGAAGUGGCACGCUGUAGUAUAGUAAAUUAUUAUGGUAGUGUGGUGUAUGAUAAAUAUAUUUUACCUCGGCAUCCGGUCACAGACUACCGCACAAGAUGGAGUGGCAUUAGGAAACAUCAUUUACAACAGGCAGUGGCUUUUGUGGAUGCUCAGAAUGAGAUUGUUGACAUCCUCACAGGGAAAAUAAUUGUUGGCCAUGCCUUAUUUAAUGACUUCUUGGUUCUUGACAUCUCCAUCCCACCACAUUUGAUUAGAGAUACCUGUUCCUGCAGGGUGCUGCGAGAGUUGUAUGAUGACACCAUUGGAUCCAACGUCUCUUUGAAGAAACUUUCUUGGAAACUUCUUUCUAGGACCAUUCAGUCUGGUAGAAUGGGUCAUUGCUCUGUAGAGGAUGCUCGUGCUGCCAUGGACCUGUACAAGCUGGUAGAGGACCAGUGGGAAAAGGAUUCAUCCUGUCCCGACCAUACUUCAAACUCCAGCAACUCCCUCGAGCACUACAUGCAGGACCAGUACUGGCCAGAAAGUAUAAUGGACUGCAGCCCAUAAGACCAAGAGUUCUGAUAAUGAUGCCAGCCUCAGUGCUGGGAACCAUCUUGUUUAAUGUUAUUUAAACUUCAAACUUGUUUAAACAUGUUAACAGUCAGGAAGACAAUACAUGGAAAUUUUGUAUAACUUUAGCACAUUCUUGGAGUUGAAAAGUUUAUUUAAAUAACUUGAACUUUGACUCUAUAAAAAACGAUAAUGUUUAUUAAGGGAUUUUACAUGAAUUUUGAAUUUACACAGACUGUGUUUUAGGGAAUAACUCCACUGUGAGUUUUCAUUCGUAUGAUCAAUUUUAUUAAGGUGUAAUGUGACACAUUAUGCUGCUAGUUAGCACUACAGUUCAUGCUGUUCAUCCAAAAAGAACUGUCACAUGAAAAGUUCAAAUAAAAAAUAUAAAAAUGCAUCACUGGGCAAAAUUUCUGCAAAAAGUUAAUCUCAAGCCAAGCAGGAAAUUUGAGUGGCCAAUUUGUACAUGAGCAAUAUCUAAGUGAAAACUUUUAUGCCCUCAUGCAAAAUUCCUGAUUUACUGUUUUAAUGACUGGGCUCAACCAAGAAUAUUCACUGAACAAGAGUAAAUGUGACUGCACCUCAAAGGGAUAGUUCACAUCAAAAUGAAAUUAAUGUCAGUUAUUUACCCUUAUGUUGAUCCAAAACUGUUAUGAUUUUUUUCUUCUCCAUAUGGGGUGAAUAAAUACUAUGGAAGUCAGUGGGUACUGCA